AAGAGUGUGUGGCAAUCACUUCGUAUAAUGCAUUUGAUAGUUGUAGAACAUACACAUAUCGGAAGUGUUAAUCCUUGAUUUGUUGUAACCAGUGACUGUGACUGUGACUGAUGACAAUUUAACGAAAUUCAUUCAUAAUCAUCGUUUUAAUUGACUGACUUAUUUCGAUUGUUACAUUUUCAUUAAUAAAAAUGCGCCAGCGAGAAAUUUACGAUAAAUUAUGCGAUUAAUUUAUGGUUCAAUGCAAACCACUGGAUUCGCUCAAUUAUCAUUAUCUUUUUUUUUCUUCGUAAAGAAUUUUUUUUAUAUAUAAUGAAUUAAAUGGAGAAGAGUAUUGAGUGUAAAAAAAUAUCACAAUUUUUUUUUUUGCGAAAAAAUAUAAAUAUUGAAGAGAAAAAACGCGUCGGCCAAUUGUGACGGACAUAAUAAAAAGAAACCUGUACAAAUUUGCGUGAAAAAAAAAAGAAUCAUCCGAAUUUCAGUGAAAAUUUUAAAACAAACCUAUCCGUUCUGAGAAAUUAUGAAAGUGCAUUAUAAAAUUCAAUAAUUAAAAGCCACAAAAUGACCUAUAUAAAGGCAUAACAUGGCAUUAAAUGAGAUUUUUUGUACUGUAUUUCAAGUGCUUCAAUUGAUACAUUUUCAAUCACACCAUACACAGGAUUAAUUUAAAAUGGAAUUUUCGAAUCAACAAUACGCUAUUACCUAUCUACAGACCGAAUAAACAAAACACCGAUAAGGAUUAAACUGAUUCGAAUGGUUAUAAUAUAACGAAAACAAAAAUCAACAAAAAGUGCGCUCAAACAGUGAGUUUUAUAUGUUGUAAAUGAGCAAAGAAAAAACAAACGAAUAAUAAAAUUUCGAAAUUCAAAUUUCUAAAUCAAAAUCUAUUUGCAAAAUCAAAAGUUUCGUUUCUCAACGCAUUUUUCCAUUUCCUAAACAAACGAAAAAAAAAGAAACAAAAUUAUCAAAAUGUCGAUGUUAGUGAUAUUAGUAUUGUUUGCAAUUUUCACAUCGGUAAUGCCGUGUGGUCCUGGACGGGGCAUCGGUGGGCAAAGACGUUUUCGAAAACCAACACCAUUAGUAUUUAAGCAGCAUGUGCCAAACGUUAGUGAAAAUACGAUAAACGCAUCUGGUCUACAAGAGGAAAAAAUUACAAGGAACGAUGAAAAAUUUAAGGAUUUAGAAACAAAUUAUAAUGAGGAUAUAAUAUUCAAGGAUGACGAGGGUACUGGUGCUGAUCGUGUUAUGACACAACGAUGCAAGGAAAAAUUAGACACGUUAGCAAUAUCUGUAAUGAAUCAGUGGCCCGGUGUCCGACUACGUGUCAUUGAAGGAUGGGACGAAGACGAUGCACAUGGCUUUGAAUCAUUGCAUUACGAAGGUCGAGCAGUUGAUGUUACGACAUCCGAUCGCGAUCGAAGCAAAAAUGGAAUGCUAGCUCGUUUGGCCGUUGAAGCUGGAUUCGACUGGGUGUAUUAUGAAAGCCGAGCACAUGUUCAUUGCUCCGUUAAAUCAGAUUCAUCGCAACAAGCACAUCAAACAGGAUGCUUUACUGGCGACAGUACUGUUCAAUUGGCCAAGGGUGAAACUCGUCUGCUUAGCGAACUUCGAAUAGGUGAUCAUGUAUUAAGUAUGGAUAGUGAUGGUCAACUUAAAUACAGCGAAGUUUACAUGUUUUUGGAUCGCGAUGAACAGCAGAGGCGAGAAUUUAUUCGAUUUGAAACUGAUGAUGGUUAUGCAAUAACAGCAACACCAAGCCAUUUAAUAUAUACGUGGCAAACAAAUGUGAAUCCAGUUGCGGCCAACAAUAUAAAUACAGCCGAUUUUCGUUUUGCCGAAUUAAUUCAAGUAGGCGAUUUUGUGUUGGCUAAUAUAAAUGGAACGCUUGAACCGCGACGCAUCAAAAAAAUUACACAAGAGUUACACAGAGGUGUUUAUGCGCCACUAACAUACGAUGGUACGAUAGUUGUAAAUUCAAUAGCAGCAUCUUGUUAUGCUCUAGUCGAAAAACAUUCCCUUGCUCAUGUGAGCUUCAUGCCGAUGCGAUCGCUGCACCGAAUAGAAGAGAUGCUUGGCUUUACCAAUGACAUCGACACCGAAUUGCCGCGAGGUAUUCAUUGGUAUGCCAGCGCACUCAAUACACUUAAGGAUAUAGUUUUACCAUCAAAAUGGUUUUAUCACUCAUGAAAGCAUACAAUUGUACAUAAAAAAUGAACCUAGACAUAUAUAUACAGUAUAUAUAGUAUACUUAGAUAUAGAUUUAGGCAUUUUCAAUUAAUAUUUCAUUGUAUAUUGUUUUCUUUUUUGUUAGAUAAUGAGAUAAGAGCUAGAUUUUAAUAAUAUUUAGAUUUGGCCGCGUGUUGUUGGUAAAACAAUUAAAACAGACAAAUAGAAUAAUAAAUGUACCAGUAACCUCGUUUAUAAUGUUACUCUUCUCUCUACGACACUUGUAUGCCGUUGUUGAAGCUAGACAAAAAUAAAAAUAAAAUCAGAUUGACCAAAUCGUGGUGAUCUUCGUUGAAUUGUUGAGAUUCAAAGAACGCUUGCACAUUAAUUUCGAUAGUAUAAAACACUUAGAGCUGCGAAUAAAAUCGCAAAAAUGAUAAAUCGCCUUUAAACAAUUGAAUAUAGAAAUUCGAAGUCCGUCAAUUUUCUUAAUUUCAUUUAUAAAUUGGAAUCAAUUUUAUCAAUUUAUAUACAUCUAGAAAUGUACUAACUCUUUUUAAAUACAAAACACCUAAAAACAAAGAUAUAUCUAUAGAGCGUAUUAUGAGGAUGAAAUAAAUAAACAAGAAAAAUGUAUCAAGAUAUUUUGUUAGCAAAUAAAUUAAAGAAUAAAAAGCUACUUAGUUAUUAGAUAGGAAACAAAUUUGUUAUUAAAUAUGAAUUCCAAAUAACUUAUAAAUGUGUAAAGAAAGCAACUGUAUAAGUCGGAAACCUUUUUUGUUUCCAUAUAUCCAUGAAUAUCACAUCUUAUGAAUAGUCAAUAUUGAAUCUUAUGAAAUCAAAUUAUUCAAUCUAAUGAAUGAAACACAACUCAUCCAAAAAGUUCCACAAAACUCAUCAAAAGUUUGCAUUCGCCAGUGAUGACAAAAACAACCCAAAUUCAAGCCAUUUUUAUUUGAUGAAAACAUAUUAUAUUACAAUUCAAACAUUGCGACCGGCUAGCAAGUCAUCAGAGCCAGUUUUUGAUAAAUAACGAGUAUUAAAUUGAAAUAUCCACCUUUUAUCAAUAUAGCUGGGCUAUCUAGCUACCAAGUUUCAAUGUCUGCUAUAAUUUAAAAGAAAAACAUGGAAUAAUUUUAUAUAAACUUUCUUCCUUGUUGCCGCCGAUGGUUAAAGGGAAUUCAUGGGGAUGCUAGGAUGUGCCAACAUGACGACUAAUUUUUUAAUUAGCUUAACAUUAUUAUUUAAAAAAAAAAAAGACACACACACACAAGAAUGUCUCAGCCAUCUUAAUGCAGGCUUGGCAAAAUGACACCUGACAAUAAAUGCACAAGCACAAAAUUCGAAUUAUGUUUAUGAAAUCAAAUGAUUUCACUUGUUCUUUGUUCUGUAAACAAAUUGAAAUAUAAUUUAUAUAUGACAAAUAGAUGUUUCGCAAAGCAUACACUGGAUAUUGAUAUGUUUCAUGUUACACAACUCACGUACCAAAAGGUGUGCCAGGAAAAAUAAAAAAAUUAGACUAUGAUUGUAUGCAUUUAAUUUAGAUUAUUUACUCACAAACUAAAAUAAUGCGAUUAAAUAAUUAAUAUAUUCACUGAACGAACUCGUAUGUAUAUAAUUUUUUAUAUUAUUACUACAACAAAUACAACGACAACAGAAUAGCAAUCUAUUUUUGUUUGCAAAAAAUUGUCCUGUGAAUAUAGAUUUUAAUCGACUGGAUUAUUUCGUAUAAGAGCUAGAAAGUAUAUAAAACAAAUGUUCAUCAAUUUUAAAUGGCCUAAUCAAAAUUUGUAAAAAAAAACGUUUAGCACAUAAACAGGUAUUUAAAUCGUAGACGAUUUUGAUG